GUAUUUUUAACGACGUCGUUUAUACUGAAAAUCAUAACAAUAUAUUUUUUUUAUUAUACAUCUCUCGCGAGCCACGGAGUUUUUUAUUCGAUCUACCUUUUAAUUUCUCCUGUUUUAUCAGUUUUAUUUUUGGGAACGAUAAAAGAGAAUAAUAAGGAAGUAUUCAUGGAAAUUACAUUUUUUUGAUUUUUCGUGUUCUCGUCUGUGGAUGAAAUUGUGUUGCACAAAAAGGAUAUACGAUAAGAAAUCAUUUUCGGUUUUUUAAUAUCGAGCUCAAGAAAAGCAAGAAAAGUCUCAUUCUUCCGGCGAUCUAUUGGGUGAGACCGAAUCGUAGUAUUUACUGCCUGGUGAAAAAUUACUUUUCGAUCAACACAACUUCAAGAAAAGAAUAUUAAGGAAGAAUAGCAAAAAAAAAGUUGCACCAUCAUUCAUAAUCCUUUUGGUGGUGAAAGGAGCUGGGACAUUGUAAAGUGCUACGAAGAAAAUGGAUCGAGUUGCAAUUAUUUUAUCAUAGCGCGCCAAAUAAUUGUCAUCGGAUCCUUUAACCAUCCACAACGCAUACAAAUGUAUACAAGAAUUAAAAUUAUUUAAGUGAUACGCAAAGAAAGAAAAUUAAAGAAAAAAAUAAAAUAAAAUAAAAAUUAUACGAGAAAAGGAAAAUUUUUGGUGAUAACAAGAAAAUAUUUUUGCUGAAAGAAAUAAUUAAAUAUUAGUGACAUGAACAAACUCAAGACUUAGGUUUUUAUGUUGUGCAAAAUAAAAGAUUUAAUCACAAUUUGAUAAUACAUGUUGUAUACGGUAUUCGCGCGAAAUAAAAUUAAAGAAUUCUAAUAUAAAGCUGAAAAUUAAAUUUCAAGUUAAUUAGUACAUCACGAUGUUCAACGGGAAGUAUGAAAUAUCCGUGAUAUCAUAAAAAGAUUUUUGUAAUCAACCACUGCAUGCAUUCAAAGACACUAUCGAAAAACGGAGUUCGCUUCUCGUUUCGAGUGUUUUUUUUGAGGAGUGCACAGCUGAUUGCAGAAAAUUAAUUACACAAAGUGGUUACACGUUACAUUCGCGGAACGAUAUUUUCUCGCUUUUCAAUAGACACAAAAAAGUAACAUUUAAUUAAAUACGAGAAGACGGGAAUGAAUUAAAAGGUGUGUGUUAAUUGUGUGAUUACAACAAUAGCUCGACGAGGAUUUAAUUUACAUUUCGCAUAAAAUUCUCCAACUGAUAGCGCUUGAGCUUUACAUGGUGAUUUAUGCAAAUUCAUUUGUCAUCAUCAUAGAAGAAAAAUUACAAUUUUUGUGUGUGUCGGUCAAGUGCAAAAAUAUAAUUAAUUGAGUUGAGAGAAGAGUAGCUGCCACACAGUAAAAAGAAUAAAAAAAAUUACUAGCGAGUGAUUCAAUUAAUAAAAAGCAGCUCAGCAGAAAAUCUUUUAUCACCGCAAGCAGUGAAAUUCUUAUAAAGUGGCCACAGACUUUGCCGCUCCCCGAGCAGAAAUGGCUCAACCAAGGUAUGAUGACGGCUUACAUGGCUACAUGGAUGCCAGUGCCGCAGCAAUGUACGAUCCACAUUCCGGACAUCGACCCGGUCUUCCGGGCUUACCACCACAUCACUCACCACAUAUGAAUCAUGCUGCUGCCGCUGGUAUGCACGGUUAUCAUGGAACACCUAGUCAUGUAUCACAAGCAACAAAUCAUAUGGGUGCUGUUCAACCAGACAAACGUGAUAAAGAAGCUAUUUAUGGACAUCCACUCUUUCCACUAUUGGCAUUAAUAUUCGAGAAAUGUGAACUCGCGACAUGUACACCCCGCGAGCCAGGCGUUGCCGGUGGCGACGUAUGCUCAUCAGAUUCCUUCAGCGAAGAUGUUGCCGUUUUCAGCAAACAGGUAAGAGUUUUACAACUUUUUCCACUCAUAAACUUGCGACGGAAUUUAAAUAGUCUUUCUUGUAAGCUUGAAGUGUUGUGCAGCUCAAUCGAUAACAAAAACAAGAAGCAAGCGACGAUAUUCAUUGAACAUGUUUCUUAACAAAAUAAUAAAAAAAUUCUUAUCGAUAAGUCCGCAAAAAAAAAAGAGAAAUACCAACAAGAAAGCAAAUAUCAAUCGUUUUGUAAUUUGAUUUCGUGUAAUAUUUUGAUGUUCACUUAUCUAGUUAAAAAUAAAAACGAAAAUUCUUUCAUUUCUAGUAAUCAGUCCACAGCAAGUCUGGUAGCAUUGCGUAGUGACAAAAACAUUAAAUUUUCACGUUAGAUAUUUCUCUUACUUAUCUGACAUUAAUGGAAUAUAAAAAUGUUUGUAAUUUGUCG